CUAAGCAUUAGACGCUCUCGGGCAGCUGCCCGCAUCGCUGUCGGAACAGUCUUUGCGCGUCGUUUUAGUUGCGAGCAACGGCAGCAACGUAACGCUGGCAAUGCGUCGCCAUGAGCCGGCCUAGCUAUCUGCAGGAGCAGCUGCUGUACCAGCAGCAUCACCCAGCCGCUAAUAUUAAACGCCUACGUCAGCAGGCAUUGCCCAUCUACGGACGCAGUUAUUCGCUCGAGGAGCAAACCGAUGGCCAUUUUGUGCCCGUCUACUCCAAAUUCAUAUAUCCACAGCAGCAACAGCUACAUCCGCAGCAGUUGCUGCAUCGUCCACUGGGAUUAGGACUGCAGGAUUCACUCAACUCUUUGAAUAGUGACUUUACGGACUAUGACUAUGAGGGAGGUCCCUACAUUUUGGAGGAGCAGCCUCCACCAGCAGCAGCAUCCACCGAGCAUGUUGUUCGCAAUCUGAAUGCCUUGGGUCGCCUGCUGGAACUACUUCAGCGUUGGCCCCUGCCCCGUCUGUCCUUCAAUACGGCCUGCCUUUGCUCGCUCAUCAUUAUAUUUAUAGCACCUCGCAGUUGCGCCCAGAGUUUACUGUUUCCCGCUUUCAGAUUAUUCUUCGGUACCCUAUAUCCGGCCUAUGCCUCGUACAAGGCGGUGCGAACAAAGAAUGUCAAGGAAUACGUGAAAUGGAUGAUGUACUGGAUCGUGUUUGCGUUCUUCACGUGCAUUGAAACCUUUACGGACAUCUUCCUUUCGUGGUUCCCAUUCUACUAUGAGGUCAAAGUGGUAAUUGUCUUGUGGCUGCUAUCGCCAGCCACAAAGGGCAGUUCCACUUUGUAUCGCAAGUUCGUGCAUCCCAUGUUGACACGACGUGAACAGGAAAUCGACGAGUAUUUAAAUCAGGCACGGGAGAGGGGAUAUUCGGCGGUGCUGCAACUGGGCUCCAAGGGCGUCAACUAUGCCACUAAUGUAAUCAUGCAGACGGCUAUAAAGGGCGGCGGCAACUUAGUGCAGACCAUCAAGCGGAGCUACAGCCUCAGCGAUCUCAGCGAACCCGAUAUGCAUCGCACCCAGGACGAACUAGACGAGGUUAUGAUGUCCACGUCGGUAAUGAUGCGACCCCAACCAGCUCGACUGAUGCGCCAGCGACACCAGACUCCAGUUGGACGUUCUGCGAGCGGCACACGACACUCAACUGGCAUGUACUUCACCGAGGUGGACGUCUCUUCACCAUCCCCCUCGGGAUCGGCCAAGCAUGCCGGCGAUUUCAACUACAAUAUACGCAGCACGGAUGACAUCAGUUCGGGUUACUCCAGCGCUGAGCCGGUUAGUGUGCCCAUGAGCAGCGGCCUAAGUCGCACAUCAUCCAUGACAAACGCAUCCAAGGCGCGCGUGAAGUCCAAACGCAAUGAGGACAAGUCAAUGUCUGCUAGCUGCACCACAUUGCCUCGCAUCAGUAGCCGCAAGGCGGACAAAUCUCAGGCAACGACUGCAUCGGGACAGGCCAAAACACGCAGCAAGUCCGACAAGUCGGACAAGUGAAGUGUGCACCUAAAACUACCAAAUUUUACAUACAUUUAAAGAAUAUACUGAUCAUCUACUUGUAUCUAUUUGUAUUUGUUCUUGUCGAGAGAAAUCAAUCUUUGAACUCAAUUUUGCUAGGUGCUCAAAUUGGCCAAGAAAUAGCAACAAAGAUUACACACACAAUUAUAAACCUCAUGUUUUAGUUUAAAUUGCAAUUAAAGUAAUAAAUAAAUAUAUAUACAUUGAUAUUA